AUGCGUUGGAUACGCGUCUGGUUGGUGUCGGCACUGUUCGUUGAUGUCCCAGCGGCACUAGUCCAGGUGAAUCGACAAGUCUACGCAGAGCUGCAACGUGUGGCACCUGGGAAUCCAGGCUCUGCCGAUGCGUUAGUCUCCUGGUCAGCCUUGGACAAUGCGCUCGAGGCCUCUGGCGGUACUGCUAGUGUCGAAGCCUACGAAGUUCAGUACGCAGUGUCUGGGUCAGGCGUCUGGCAGUCGCUGGGGGAUUCACUGACCGGAUUUCGCGUCGACUUGGGUGCUCAAGCCACGGAACACGUGCCCAAGCAGCGUAUUUUCACUCGUGCAGACGAUGGCGAGUCCAUCAACGAUGGGUAUUUCCGACUUGGUUUGUCGUAUGAAGGCUCCAGUCCGAGUAUCCUGGGCGGACGAGCUACUGCUGGUGUGGUGACGCCUCCGAUCGCUUUUGACGCCAGUGCAGACGCCAUGAAGACAGCGAUCGAGUCUCUGGAGCAGGUCACACAGGUGCAGGUGGAGAGGAAUGCGCUGGACGCUGAUGGAGCGUUCGAGUGGAUCAUUCUCUUUGAUCUCGUGGCGUACGACGGCGAAGAUCCGCUGCCGUUGCUGUCGCUGUAUACAGAGACGGUGUCAGCUCAGUGGACUGGAGACGGAGACCAAGUAGCUGUUCAGUAUCUGCGCAUGGCUCCGAGUUCUCCUGGUCGACAUCGACGUAUUUGCUCGGAUGAAUGCAGCUACCAAGUCACGGGACUGCAGACUGGUCGAGCCUUCAGCUUCCGUGUUCGAGCGCAGUAUUCUACCGCGAGCUCCUUCAACCCCCCGAGCUACUAG